UAGAAAGAAAGAGGGGAAAUAGCCAGUGUAAAGAGGAAUCUUGCGGUAUGUAACUACUUUCCGUAGGGCGGUUCUUCCAAGGUCCUGAAAGAGGAUGUAUGUGGUCAGUGGACGAGGCCUCUCUGCCUUCUCUCUGCACUGGAGCCUACUCGUGAUCCUGGGCACUUUCACCUGGUGUUGGCGCGUCUGCCUUACUUGUCCCAAACCAUGUGCCUGCUAUGUACCCACCGAGAUCCACUGCACCUUCAGAUACCUCAACACCAUCCCGGCAAACAUCCAAGCUCACGUGGAACGCAUAAACUUGGGUUACAAUAACCUGAUGAAAUUAACAAGCGACAGCUUCACAGGCUUGAAAAGUCUUGAACUGUUGAUGCUUCACAGUAAUAAGAUCCAAGAGAUACCGGACAACACAUUCAAAGAUCUACAGUCUCUGCAGGUUCUGAAAAUGAGCUACAACAAGGUGAAAGCAUUGAAUCGUGAGACUUUUCAUGGUCUUCGCAACAUAGUGCGGUUACACAUGGACCACAACAACAUUGAAUUCAUUAAUCCUGAGGCAUUCUAUGGGCUCACUUCACUGAAACUGCUCCACUUGGAAGGAAACAUGCUUCAAGAACUGCACCGAGAUACAUUCGUUACAUUUCGCUUCAGCCAGAUCUUCAAAGUUUCUUCAAUAAAGCACCUUUAUCUGUCAGAUAAUGCAUUUACAUCCAUUCCAAGUGACCUGCUGUCUUACAUCUCAGAAAUUGAAAGUAUCUACCUACAUGGCAACAAAUGGUUUUGUGACUGUAACUUGAAGUGGUUAGCUGAACUCAAUGAAAGGCAACCAGGUGUAAUUAAAUGCAAACGAGACCGCAACUACCCCAAUGGUCAGAUAUGCCCCCUGUGUGCGAACCCAAGUGUCUCUAAGGGCAAGGAUAUUUUACAGCUGCCCUCCUCGGUGUUUGCUUGCACACCACCAAAGAUCCAGUCUCCCCUCAAAAUCCGUAACAGCCUUAUGGAAGAAGAAGGGGACUACGCCAUCGUGCAUGCUAAGGAUUUUGUGGCACCGCUGGGUCAAAUGAGUUUGAACAUGAGCGACCAAUCAGGGAAUGGGUGUGAAAUAACCUGCAAUGUACACCGACCCCUGGGAACCCCAGGGGUAACCCUGGAUCAAAAAGAGGACUAUGUGCUCCUAAACACAUCCUUAUCAACCUUCCUUGUUUGCUAUAUCGAUUAUGAGAAGAUUCAACGGCUAUGGGGCAUCCUGGCAAUGUACACGGACUCUCCACUAAAGCUGGAGAGGGACACGUUACUGAGUAAGUCACCUUCCAUGAGCUACCUUUACAAACAACCGCCAACCAUGGAUAUGCAGCUUUUCACAGGUAUCCAGGCAGAGAUCAGAGCUGAUCAUGCGUGGCUAUUGCAAAGUGAAAUCACUCUGCAGAUGGACAGGAGCAGGACAACUCUCAAUAUCUUGCAGAUCAAGUACCUCGUAGACGUCCAGGUGACCUUGCAAGACUUGGAAGUUAAGCCGGGGAAGAAUAGCUGGGUGAUGAUAAAGAGAGCAAGCAGUGUAAGAACGGAACAUUUUGUGGUGAUGGGUGGGACCGUGGAGUUGGAGUGCCAAGCCUUUGGUGACCCCAAGCCCAUCAAUGAAUGGAUACUUCCAGAUGGCAGCAAAGUCCGAGCCCCCUACAACAGUGAGGAUAGCCGGAUAUCAGUCAGUGCAGAUGGCCAAUUCAGAUUAAGGCUUGCCGACCUCUAUGACACCGGCAUCUAUCACUGUAUAGGAACCAAUUACCAAGAUGCAGACGUGCUGAGCUUUCGGGUGACCAUACUGGACCCCAAUGUUUCAGAGAAGGAUAUAAAUGGACCUCACCUUUCCAAAUCUACUGGCGAGUCCAUACAUCUCCCGUGCCAAGUCUCUGGAAUCCCAAAUGCGUCCGUUCAAUGGGUUCUUCCCGACCACAGGGUUUUAGACCACACCGCCGCCAAUAAGGAGAUAACACCGAAUGGGACGUUAAGGAUAAAGAAGCUCACCGUUAGACACGGCGGCUACUACAGGUGCGUGGCUUCAAACCGUUAUGGGGUAGAUGUUCUCGCCCUGCAGGUGACGGUUACCGGCCCCUCUGAGAAAGAUAGGGCUGAAUAUAACGACGCGGCAGAGGACGGCGCAGGGUCAGGGGAGAGUGAGGAAGAGCUGCUGGGGUCUGAAGAAAUGGGGGGGAAAGACAGCCUGUUAACCACCGAGAACACGCCAGAGGCUGAACCGGAUCAUGCCAGCACUCCAGAGCCCAGAACUCAGCCAACAACAACAGCGCCAAGGCUGGUGACCCCCAGGAGAAGAAUGGGUGCCUCCCGAGCUCGCUGGUGGGCGAACCGCCGGACUUUCAAGCAGCCCAGGAGGAGGGUCGACCCCCAGCGCUGGGCGGAGUAUCUGGAAAAGGCCAGGAAGAGCAUCGUGGCGAAGACGGCAACGCGAGGGACCACAGUUAAACCUCAAGGGACUACCCAACCCACCCCAGAGGAGGGCGAGGCAUCGGGAGAGGAGGCGCCGAACCCAGCGGAGGAGGAGUUAAUGACAGUCAGCACCCUCCGGCCACGGGAGACUGCAAUCACUCGGGUAUCUCCCUGGUUAAGAGCAAAGGUUGCUCACCAGAAAGAAAGCCCAGUGGUCGCACGACCUCCAGUGCAAGUGCACACCGUAGACCCCGGAGCAAAGGAGGCAACAACUCUAGUGGGAAAGGUCCCCACAGACCCCAGUCGGCACCCAGUGACAAUAGAUUCAAUUUACCAAAGGAAACCCGCCCAAACAUCAAACCCCCAACAGCCCAGAGGUGACACGCUGGGCUCCCAUAUCGUGGUAGGACCAACGGCAGCUGUUCUGGUGACUGACGCUCCAAGGGUGGUCUCUAAAGGUGGAGCCGUGACCACCCGUGGCUACCGCGCUCGGAUUAUGACCAUUCCCACGGCUAUAGAGGAUGGCGAUCGAUUUCUAUUCAAGGCCACUCAGAAAACCACCACCCCUCCGCUUCCCUUGCUCUCCAGCGCGGUGACCCAGCAGAUCCACAGUGCAAGGGAAUCCGACACCGACGUCUCCGUUUCCAAACCAAGGCAGCUGGGAAGAAGGAGGAAGCUGACCUACAGGCGUCGCUUCGGCCGACCAGGGUUAAGGAAACACAGAUACAGCAUCGUGAGACCCGGGCAGCGGAGAACCUCAGGGUCCGCACUGACACAGUCACAGCGCACCUCCUCUGUCACUGAGGUGGCAGGGAGACCCCCGGUUCGACUGCCCGUCCCUACACAGACCGACACUGGGUUGGCACAACUUCAGGGACCCGGAGAUCCGGCUGAUCCCCAGGUUGAGAAAGACUCCCGAGAAGUAAAUGCACCGGAGGUGACACCGACCCAUCGUUCGCACCGGUCGACCGGUCCCGACAGCAAACCAAGGACCCCCGCUUCUAAAAUCACAACACAACCCCCUCAGACCCCUCCCAGCGCCAGUCCAACUCCUACCGUCUUUGUUAUCAAGAGACCAACAGAAAGACCACCCCAAAUUAGCUUCUCUUCAAAUAUUCCAACCACUGUGCAGCCCACCAACAAAUCCCUCAAGGUAACCCGUGGAAAGAUCCCAUGGGAUAGGUUUUUCGGGGUAAACAGGCAAAAGGAGAUUCUCCGAAGGCUUCGUAAGCCAGGGCAAGGUACCAGGUCUAAAGCUGUUACUCACGGGACGUUCACUCCGACGAAGCCCACUCUCCAGAGUGUGGGGACCUCAGCUCCUACAAGGGAUCCCACUAAACUCCUUCCCUCCACAGCGCGUUUCCUGGGCACCACCACCGAGACAUCCACGCCGACCCGCGUUACUUUCACCAGCACCGCCCUCCCGACCAUGGUUGGAACCGUGCCGGCCAUCUCACAGGCCGUACCCACCACGCCGACCACCGCCCGGACAAUCCUGACCACAAGACGAACGUCCUUCCGACGCAGGAGACCGGGCAAACCCUUCGGCAGAACGAGGGACCGCGUGUUGUCCUCACGUCCCGCCGCGGGUCGGAACCGGGCGGCGGAAAGCAGGAAAAAACGACCCAUGAAGACUAGGAUGCCUCUGUCUCCAACCGUCGCUGUAACCACGAAGGCUUCGCUCCCUGUUGCUGUUGAGACCACUUGGAACCCUGUGCCAAGUCCUACUACACCGGAGAGUCAGUAUGGCCCCAAGCUGCUCGCUCUACCCAGCAAGAACCCUCCCAGUCAACCCAUUGCAACCAGUCCCAUGACCUUCCUAACGCCCACCGCUAAAGCCGGGAGGUCCAUAACCACAAUGGGUCCACCAUCGACCGCAAGCAAGGCAAUUAGGUUGCCCAGGAUCAGAAACAGGAUUCGCCCUACGCACACAACCGUCACCCCUGUCACCCAGACACCCAGCGUUUCCUCACCCAUCGCCCCAAUGACUGAACCAAGCGUGCACUCCACCACCCCGGCUGCAACCUCCUCCCGCUCUCUGAGUACCUUCCAACCGACCUCCAGGGCUACUCCCAGAUUCCGCAUCACCUUACACAAGUUUGACAGGGGUCAGCCGUUCCUGACCCCCCAAGUCAGGGUGGACACACCACCCCGGGAAAACUCCCACGGCCGGGUCGUUGGGACAAGUCAGGCAAGUUUGACAGAGGCGCCCACUGGACGCUGGGCGAGAAGACCCACUCCAAAUACGGACCUUGAAAACACCAUCGAGGACGAAGACAGCAGAGAGGGCUUGUCCAGCGACUCCCAGCCUUCGUCGCCCAAUAUUAUCGCCGUUGACCCGGUGGCUGGAAACCGGCCUUCAAAACCGAGUAUAACCAGUGGGGCGGCGGCCAGUCUCACGGUGCUAGCCGAUUCCGACGCGUUUAUGCCGUGUGAAGCAACUGGAAAUCCGCUUCCCACCAUUCGAUGGACAAAAAUCUCAACGGGGGCAACCAUCACAGCUAACGCCAAGAGAGGCAAUAAAUUCGAGGUGUUUCCAAACGGUACUCUGUCCAUUCAUAAGAUCAAAGUUCAGGACCGCGGACAGUACCUCUGCACAGCAGAGAACCAGCACGGUUCGGAUCGACUCCUGGUCACUCUGUCUGUGGUGGCUCACCCAUCCAAGAUAUUAGAGCCUCGAAUAAAGGACAUCACGGUCCACUCGGGAUAUCCGGUGGAGAUGAAGUGCAGAUCCCAGGGACGCCCCUCUCCAACCAUCUCCUGGAUUCUAUCCAACAGGACCAUGGUGAGAAACAGCAGCCCAUUCAACGGGAGAGUCUCAGUGCUACCUGAUGGCACGCUGCGCAUUAAAGCAGUGACCGUGUACGACCGAGGGAACUACAGGUGCGUGGCCAGCAACCCAGCCGGCAUCGACACAGUGACAGUGCGGAUGCAGGUGUUGGCUCAACCGCCCACUAUCCUGGAGGAGAACCGCCAGAGCCUCAAGGCGCAGGUCGGGGAGAACAUCAGACUACCCUGCACCGCCAUGGGGACACCUCAGCCCACCAUCCACUGGCUGAUCUUUGACGGCACCGAGAUUAAACCUUUGCAAUUUGUCAGCAUGAAACUGUUCGUCUUUACCAACGGGACGCUUUACGUCAAAUCCCUGACUUCUUCUGACAGCGGGAAUUACGAAUGCAUUGCCACCAGUUCCAGCGGCUCAGAGAAGAGGGUUGUGAGCCUGUUGGUGCAGCGCAAGCAGGAGCUGCCCAAGAUCGUCGCUGCUUCACCCAGCAAGAACAAACUGAAUUAUGGCGAUAAGCUACAGCUCCACUGCUCGGCCACAGGAUACCCCAAACCGCAGAUCCUCUGGAGGUUACCUUCCAAGUUACUGGUGGAUCAGUGGCACCGGAGAGGAGGCCGUGUGGUGGUGUUGUUCAACGGGACCUUAUCAAUCGAGUCCAUCACAGAGAAGGACGCAGGGAACUACCUGUGCAUCGCCCGCAACAAGGUUGGGGACGACCUGAUGUCGGUGAAAAUCGACGUGUCCAUGAAGCCAGCACUGAUUGAACACAAACAGUCCAUCCACAAGCACGUCUCGUACGGAGGAGACCUUCAAGUGGACUGCAAGGCUUCCGGGGCCCCCAAACCUGAGAUCUCCUGGAGUUUGCCGGACGGGACAAUGGUCAACAACGUCUUGCAGGCUGACGACAACGGCAGGCGGACCAGGAGGUAUGUCGUGUUUGGCAACGGUACCCUCUACUAUAAUAAAGUGGGGAUGGCAGAAGAGGGGGACUACACGUGUUACGCGCAAAAUACCCUUGGCAAGGACGAAAUGAAGGUUCAUGUGACAGUGGUGGCUGCAGCACCACGGAUAAAGAAAUCCUAUAAACCCCUCCACAAGGCAAAGGUUGGUGAAUCUGCAACGUUUGACUGCCAGGCAGUGGGAAAACCACUGCCGAAGAUAUUGUGGAUGUUGCCAACAAAUGAAAUCAUCUCGUUCUCCAAGAACAGGUACCACAUACAUUCCAAUGGCUCCCUGCUCAUCAAAAAUAUUCGGCUCUCCGAUGCUGGGGAGUACAUGUGCAUUGCCCGUAACCCCGGUGGUGAUGAUACGGAUCUCAUGCAUCUCAGUGUGGCCUUGACCCCACCGGUCAUCAAUGGUUUCCGCGGGAACAGGACGGUCAUUAAGGACACUGCGGUGAGGCACACAAGGAAACAGAUAGACUGCAAGGCAGAGGGCUUCCCCAUGCCCCGUAUCACUUGGAUUAUGCCUGAUAACAUUCUGCUGAAUGCUCCCUACUAUGGCAGCAGAAUAGUUGUCCACUCCAAUGGCACUUUGGAAAUUCGCAACGUCAGGGCUUCGGACAAAGCCCAAUUCACUUGCGUGGCCCGCAACAAUGCAGGAGAGGCUACUCUGGUGGUCAACUUGGAUGUCACUCAGAUGUUAAGGAGGCCCAUGUUCAAGAAUCCAUUCAAUGAGAAAUUCAUUGCCAGCACCGGAUCCACUGCCGUCCUCAACUGCUCAGCAGAUGGUUACCCACCCCCAGAGAUCAUCUGGAUCCUACCCAAUGGGACACGGUUCACAAGUAGGCACAAAGCUGCCCACUACCAGAUGGGGAGCCAGGGAACCUUCCUUAUCCACAGUCCCACCUCGGCAGACGCGGGCAAGUAUCGUUGUGCAGCCAGGAAUAAGAUCGGAUAUAUAGAGAAACUCAUCAUCUUCGAGGUCGCCCAGAAACCUGUCAUACACACUCGCUCACUAGGAUUAGUACGAAGCAUGAGCGGGGAUGCUUUGAGUCUCCAUUGUUCUGCUAGCGGUAGUCCAGCACCAACAAUUGCAUGGACUGUGCCGAGCGGGUUUGUCCUCGAUAGACCCCAGAUCAAUGCAAAGUAUAUCCUGUUUGAAAAUGGGACUUUGAUUAUUAGGGAGAUAAGCACACACGAUCGGGGUAAUUAUAUCUGCAAAGCCCAUAAUAAUGCUGGUGUCUCCUCCCUGGUUACACCCAUAAUGGUCAUAGCUUACACACCUCGUAUAACCAAUGGUCCACCCAAAUCUAUUCAGCCAAGGGCUGGGUCAUCCAUUCAACUCAACUGCAUGGCAAUUGGAAUCCCUAAGCCUGAAAUUGUGUGGGAGCUGCCUAACUACACGGUGCUUUCAACGUUCAGUAAGGUGCGCCCAGUUGGAAGGGAGUACCUACAUCCACAAGGAACAUUAGUGAUCCAAAAGGUUUCCAUUAGCGAUUCAGGGACUUACAAAUGCACAGCCAGAAGCCACCUCGGCAGUGACUCUAGAGUAACAUUCAUUCAGGUCAUCUGAAGCCACUGCUCUUCAUAAAAUGAAGUCUUGCUCCCAAAUAUUCCUAUAUUCAUUUUUGAAUAUAUAUAUUUUUACAGAGAUUAAUAUUAACCUGUGCCGAACACACAAACCAAUGGACUGACUUGUUUCAGCCAUGGAAGAAAUACUUUUAUUUUCCUAAUUCUUUUUUAAAUCAGUGGGGAGCAAUUUCAAAUGAACUCUGCCUUUGACCAGUUUCAGACUGAACUAACCCAAGAGUAAUAUCGGGUGAAGAUCCAUUCAAUAAGGCGGUAUUCCUGUCUGAAGAGAUAGGUUAAAAUUAUCCCCCACUGUCCUCAUCAAGACUGCACGGAGAGGCUACUCUUCAUAUUAUCCACCGUAAUGAGAACUUUUUGAAAACUCGGCAGAGUUUGGUGUCUAAUGCAUGGGACCCUUGCAUUACUUUCUUAUUCCAUUUAUGUUACAAUCUGUUUAAAAACAAAAGCGAGAUUUCUAAAUUGUAGAGGAUGGUGAAAUCACAGACUGGACUCUAUCAUACAGUAAUUUAUUCUGCGCUUCUUUAACAUUUGACACCGAAUUUUUGCACUGAUGUAAAAGCGUUGUCAGGAUGAUGUAAUCGAAAUAGCAGAGCUCAACACCAUGAGAAGACAAGAAAUACUAACAUCUUCCUUCCACCUUUUUCAUACAGGUUGAAAGAAUUCUCAAUGUGACCUCCCGUUGCAUUAUUCGCUGCUUUUAUUUUUGCAUAGUACUUGCAAUCAUUUAACAUAUAACGGUACAAAUGCAAGUGUAACUAAAAGUCAGGUGUAAUAUAGUUGGUCUUUACUUUUGAAAAAUCUAUAAUAAAAGUUUUUUUUAAGUUAGUGAUGAGAUGUUAUCUGGUGUUCUGCCUGAAUGCAG